AUGAAUAAAUUGAAAAAAUACUUAGAAUGUGAUGAUGAUUAGGUUUUAGAUAUUUAUGAUCAAUUAAUAGAUGAAAUAUUGUAAAACCAAAACGAAUAAGAGCAGCUUAUUCUAAAUUUACGUGAUCAAAUGUAAUUGGUUGAAAUAAAAAAAAAAAUUCGAAUAUUACAAUUGAUAAAUGAAAUCAUCUGUUGUAAUGAUACCCAAUUUAAAUCACUUGUACAAAUACACUUUUUAGACUUACUUAAAGAAUAUUUUGAGCAUUAAAGUAAAACUCUUUCAUCCAAUUAUUUAUGUUAAGAAGGUAUAAAUAUUAAUUUAAAACAAGAUGAAGUUGAAGUUAUAGAACUUUAUAUGUUUGUAAAUAAAAUUCUGGCAUAUUAUGAUAAUACAUAAACAGAAAAACCUAGAAUGAGUGUGAUUAAAGCAAAAACUGAAGAAUUCAAAUUUUAAUUUGAAUCAAGAGCUUCAAUAAUUUUAAAUGGCUAAGAAUAAAAAUAUGAAGAAAAAGAAAUUUAAACUGAUGAAGAUUAGGAAUUAUUACGAUGGAAAAAUAAGUGGGAACUUUAGUUCCAUUAUAAUUAACGAUUAUAAAAAAUUAACUCAUAAUUAAGAAAAGAACUUGCAGAAUAUUAAUAAAAAAGCCAAAAAUUAAAUCCACCUAUAGAAAAAUCUCAUUCUUCAAUAUACUUAUAAUAGAAACCAUAAGAUUUAUAAAUAUCAUUUGGAAAAUAAUAAGCUCAAUCAUAAUAAUUAAUGAAAUUUGAGGAUGAUGAAGAAGAUUAAAUAAUAAUCAGUGAUCUAACAGAGUAAAAUGAACAAAAUAGUUAGAUAAAAUAAAUUUCAUCAAUAUUAAAAAAGACAGAAAAUGAUAAAAAAUAAAAAAAAAGGGUAUAGUUCGUUUAAAGAAAAUUAAAUAUUUAAUGUUAUAAUUAUUACAAUGUGCUCAACGAAUUUGGAUAAUCAGAAUUAUAAUUUUUAAAAAAAUGCUGCUUUUCUAAAUAUGGAAUUAUAUAUGAUGAUCGAUCUAUACAAAUAUUAUUCUAAAUGAGUGAUGCUGUUGAAUUUGAAUAUUCAUUAACAAUAUUAAAUCGAACAAGUGAGGAAAUUAAACUAUCUCUCAUUUACAAAUAGCCUGUAAAUACUAAUCUUAGGAUUAGAGAUUUAUUAUUGAGUUCUAAAAAAUCAAUAAAAUAGAUAAUUUACAAUGAUAAGGAUGAAUUAUUGUAAUUGUAAAUUUUUUAUGAAUUAAAAUAGUAAAAAUUUGAUAAAGAUGUGCUAAUACCAAAUUUAUUACAUAAAUAUUUAUAAUUCAAUAAGUUUUCAGAAGCAACGUAUUUAAAUCAUAUGGAUGAAAUCAAGAACAAUGAUACACAUACUUUGUUAAUCAGUCAUAGUCCUAAUUUGAAUUUAGAUGAGGAAAAAGUCAUAAAAAUCUUUCCUAAUUACAUUAUAUAUAGAGAGAAGUAUAUUAGCAGUAUGAAUUAUAAGAAUAUUCAAUUCUUUUGUAAAAUAAAAUGUGAGAAGAAUUCAGUUGAAGUGAAAUUACUUAUUGAUUCAAAUAAUGAACAGUUUGGAACAAAACUCCUCUAAUAGAUAAUAUUUUUAUUGAUUAUUUAAAAUAAAUCAAAAUGA